AUGAGUAAAAAAAGUACACCUUCACCUUUACUGGAAAUGACAAACACAAAUGGCAAACGAUCGGCUACCAAUCAUGAUCGCAGCAACAAGAAAAGGCGCACAGUGCGAAUUAACUUAACGUUAGCUUCUGGUCAUAGUCAGGAAUACAGUGAAUUUUCAUAUCCUACUUUGUUAGGCUAUAUUGAGGAAGCUGAAGCUGAAAUGGAAGAAGUCAAUUCCCCAUCAUCAAAUGAUGUACCUGCUUUUAAAAAUCAUUACGAAAAGAUAGCAGAGCAAAUUGAGAAGAAGCUGACGUCGACACACGACAGGACGAAACAUAGGACGAAGGCCAAGGAUCACGUCGCAUAUCGAGCGCAUGGUUACGAUGCCAAUGACACUUUUAUUGACGAUAACCAACAUUGUGACGAAAAUAUUCCUAAUAACGUAACCUUUAAAUAUGGUGGAUUUUACAUCAAUUCUAAUGAAGUGGAAUAUCGGCGAUUAAAUGAUAGUGAUGACGAAUUCGUUAAAGUAUCGAAAAAGAAGAUUUCAAAGAAACUCCUUAAGAAAAAGAAAAAGGAUAAGACCGCUAAAGAAAAAACAAAAUCGAAACCUAAAUCAAAAGAUUCGAAGUCUAAUGCUGAGAAAGUUAAAAGACCACGUAAAGUUAGCGAUAAACCUAAGGAAAAAUUGAAAAAGAGCCCUACUAAAGUGAAAAAGGAACCCGUUGAUAAGAUUAAUCCACAAACAACCUUGCCGAAAGAUUUACCGAUGGAAAUUAUAGAGAUGGUUAAUCAAAUAGUUGAGAUUGGUGGUAGUUUGAAGGACAAAGAGAAUUUUGAAGAUAGUCGAGCUCAAGAAAUUCUCAAUAAAUUAGCGUCAAAAUUUCGUUACUCAAAUGUUUGUAGGAAAAUGCGCGAGAAUGUCUGUAUUUAUUUAAAACAUCACCUUCCCGGUUGUAAGAUGCCAGUUCGUUCAGUAAUAAUCAAAAUGAUGUUGAACGAAGUUAAGGAUGAUCUAAAUGCACGGAUGAAUGAAUUAAAGGAAGAAAUCGACAAAUGCAUGGAAUCACAGCAAAAAAAUUAUGAUAAGAUGACAGGGGAUAAUAAGGAAAAUUCAGAUGAUAGUGAUAUGAACGACCACACUGAAAAAGAAAAGUCUAAGGAAGAUCAAGAGAAGCAAGAUAAAAAGCGCCUUCCGAGAAAAUCUUUCCAAUGGAACGAAACGUUACGCCAGCUGCUGGAAAAAAUUGUAAUACUGAAGGAAGAAUUCACUAAAUUGUCAUCCAAUCGAGUUAGUCUUUCUGAUAAUUGGUUAACGGAGUUAAAGCUCUUUUUCGACAAAGAAGUAAAAACACUGUGGCCUAAAGGAUGGAUGAAUAAAAGAUCAAAAAUUGGUCAAGGUCCCAAAAAGAAGGAAUCUUCAAGUAAAGGCGGGAAAUCAAAGCAAAUUAGUAAACGAUGGGAUUCACAUUCACAAGCGACCUCAAGCACUCCUAUUAAGGAAUCAAGUGAAGGUGAGGCCGCCUCGCCAGCAAAAGUACCAAUGUUUGGAAAUACUCCGCUGAUAUAA